AUGUCGGCUACCGAUACAUGGCUCCACGUCAAGGAGGUUUGGGGUGAGUCUUCCGACAAAGAAGGCGGCGCCGCUGCGGCUAAGACCACCUGGAAGCCAAAGCGGCUGGAGCUGAUGGCCUUCGAUGGCUAUGCAGCCUAUGUCGGGACGCGAUCGCUGAGCGCCAGAGGUCGGUGGAUGGCUGGGAUCUACAAGGAUCUGGACGACGCCACGUUCAGCAGCUUCCUGUCCACCAUGCACAGGAUACCCGAUUCUGCCAUUUACCCGUUGCUCGAAGAGGGUCUGACACAGUUCGACCCUGGCUCGGUGGAAGGGAAGGAGGAGGGGCGGUAUUUCCUCAAGUCACCCAGUGCGGCUGAGUGGAAGGGAGGCGAUGACACCGCCGUUGCCGACCUCUUCCUCGCCGAGGCCCGCACGCACCAGCAAUUCCUCGCGACGCCCCAUCCGCACCUCGGCGCCUAUGUCGGCUGCGUCGUCCACGAGGGCCGCAUCGUCCGCCUCGCCUUCCCCCGGUACGUGGAGUCGCUGUACGAGCGCGUCGAGAGGAUGCGGCCGGGCACGGCGGCGGCGGCGGAGGAGCGCAUGGGGCCGGAGGAGAGACGGGCGUGCAUGCGCGCCGUCGGCGCGGCCGUCGCGCACCUGCACCGGCUGGGCUACGCGCACAACGACGUCUCAGCGACCAACAUCAUGUUCGACGCCGAGGGCGGGGCCGUGCUGAUCGACCUGGACUCGUGCACGCCGAUGGGGGAGCACAUCAAGAAGGGCGGCGUGGUCGGCGGCUGGAGGGGGCCGAUGUUUUCAGGUCGGGAAUUUAAGAUCUCGUCGGUGGAGUGUGAUGAGGUCUCGCUGAGGUACAUUGACGAUUGGCUGUCUGGGAAGCAAAAAUAG